UAUGACAAGAUAUAGGUAAUUAAUUAUAAGUUAAGGAGUAAUAAGUUAUGAUAGUGUAUAGGUAGUUGUAUUUUGUUGACUACAUUUUAAAGUUCAUUGUUUUCAUAUAUUUAUACCUGUUUGAAGUGUUUAUUCAGUUGUUUAUUAGUAUUCAACUACCACUCACUAUGGGAAGAAAUUGUAAAAUUAAGGAAGACUGGAUGAUAAAAAAAGAUUGUAAUGGUCACCAAAUUAAUCAAUGGGCUGCCUGCAAAUCUGCCCAUGAGAUAUUUUGUAAGAUAUGUUCAACAACAAUUAAUGUUACCUUAAAAGGUUUUCAAGCCCUUAAUCAACAUUCCAACACUAGUAAACACAAACAAAAUUCUAAAACUAAGCUUGCAUUAAAUCAAUUGCGCCUUACUACUGCUACAACAUCUGAUGACCGACAGCGAGAAGCUAUAGUAAAAUCUACUGUGAAGUUAUUUAAUAGUACUAACGAUUGUGCUAAAAAAGCUGAAUUGAUAUGGGUUAUGAAAAUGAUCACCAGUAACUUUUCAGCAUCAUCAUGCACUGAUAUUGCUUCCAUUUUUAAUUCAAUGUUUCCUGAAAGUGUUCCUAAUGGUUUUAGUUUAAGCCGCACAAAAUUUCGGUAUCUAUUGACUGAUGCUUUACAGCCAUAUUUCCAAAAAUAACUUCACAAUGAUAUAACAGGUCAGUACUAUACAUUAUCAUUUGAUGAAACAACUAACUCAACUGGAUCAAAAGAAUUGGAAAUUGCAGUACGUUACUGGUCUGAAAGUCAAGGAUUGAUAUUGCAUCAUCAUCUACAAUCGUUUUUCAUUGGAAAAGCCACAGGUGAAGAUCUGUUUGAAAAAUUAAAAGAAGCUCUUGAUAAUGCUCAUUUACCAUUAAAUAAGCUUAUUCAUCUUGGAAGUGAUGGACCAAAUGUAAAUAAGAAGGUUUUUAGAUUGAUGAAUGAAGAAUGUUUAGCUGUAAGAAACCAAAAGCUACUAAGUAUUGGAUUCUGCAAUAUUCAUUUAUUGCAUAAUGCUUUCUGCAAAGGUAUUUCAGUUUUGGGCGAGGAAGUGUCUGAUCUUAUUAUAUUAGUUCACAACUUUUUUAAUGGAUGGCCUUCAAGAUGGGAUGAUUUUGAACAAAUUCAGAGGGAUAAAGAAAUGCCAAAUUUGCAUUUUAUUAAACAUUGUCCAUCUAGAUGGCUUACUAUCGAAAAUGCUGCGUCUCGACUAAUACAACAAUGGGAUGCAGUAGUUCAUUACUUCUUGAAAUUUGUUCCCCAAAAACGUUCUAUAUUAAUGAAAUCUCUAAGCUACAAAAGAAUUGCACUUCUCAUAAAAAUUGAUACAAUGAAAGCCCAACUUUUAUUUGUAUGUUCAAGUGCCAAAAUAUUUACAAGAUUCACAGGAACAUUUCAAAAACAAGAACCUUUAAUUCAUUUAAUGUAUGAUGAAGUCAGACUACUUCUACUUACUUUACUUGGCCGUAUUUGUAAACAAACCAGCAUUUCAAAUCAACUAAUAACUGAAAAUAUUCUAAAUGAUGAACAUCUUUUACCGUUGACUGAAAUAAUAUUGGGACAUGGUGUUGAUGAAAUAUUGUUGAAUGUUAGCGAAAGAUCUCGAUUAGAAUUUUCUAAAAAUGUACAAAAUCAUUUUAUUUCCGCGUGCAAGCACAUUUUUACUAAAGCUCCACUAUCUGGGAGUGUUGUAAAAUAUUUUCGAUGUCUUCAACCACUUAAACGGAAAUCCAAAACAAGUGUGUCAGACAUUGUGUCUCUUGCCAAAGCAUUGCCAUUCGACAAUUGUAUUGAGUAUGACAAACUAGUUGAUGAAUGGAAACUACUUCAAUUACAAGAAGACCCAUCUGAAUACAAUCGUAUUGAUACAUACUGGAAUGAUUGUUUAAUAAAAGCAAAUAUGGGAUCUUCAAUGUUAUCAAAAGUUAUUCAUGCUGCUUUGUCUGUUUCACAUGGGAAUUCAGAUGUCGAACGUACAUUUUCAGCAUCUGGUUUAUACUUAACUGAUGAUCGUGCAAGUAUGUCGGAACGGACAUUAAACGCUGUACUCACUGUUAAAGAUGCUUUGAAACUUUACAAUAAUACACCUUAUUUUGUACCUAUAACUAAGGAACUUCUCGUUUUGGCUCAAAGUGCUUAUUCAAGGUAAAGUAUUUAAAGCUCUAAAAUUAAUAUAAUACCAUGUAUAUAACCUUUAUUAUGUUAUACAGGUAUCAGCAUUAUUUAGAUGAAAAGAAAAAAGAACAAGAAUUGAAAUUUGAAAAUGAACAAAAAAAAAAAAAAGAAGUUGAAGACAAAAAAUGUGCAAUGGAGAAAUUGGAAAAACAAAAAAAAGAUAUUGAAAAUUGUGAAACUCAACUCAAACUAAAAAGAAAAAAAGAACAUGAUAAAGGCAAAAUGGCAAAAAAACUUUUUAUAGAAGCGAAUAAACGCCUCAAAAGUGCAGUUGAAGCUAAAAACUUUGAAGAAGUAGAGUUGGCUUAUGCAAUGCUAGCAGGAGUUUCUCAAGUCGAGAAAGAGAAAGAUCUUGAAAAAAAGGAAACAGAUGAGUUGCAACAAAAAUUAAUGAAGCUACACAAAA